AUGGAAGUCCCGCGUCUCCUGACAAUGGACAACACGCAGCUCCGUGCUAUUUUGCAGCGGGCUAUCCGCAUUGAAAUCUUCGAUAGGUCUCGACCUGAACGACCCGUGCCAGAUGAUGACAUGCAAUGGUCAUUAGAUCUAGGAGUUGCAGUUGCUGCCUUUAUUCGUUCUGACUGUACUUGGUACCAGGCUGGAAUGAUCUCCAGCCGAAUUUGUGCCGAUAACUCAUAUCAGGUUGCUAUGGCAUUAUCCUGGCGCUUAGUAAGAUACAUCCUCACGGACUUGUCCCUUCUAAGACCGGAGAAGGAAAGCCUGUCUAUUUUACGGAACAACAUGUGUCCAUCAUUGUGGCGGAGCCGCGAAUCCUUAUUGUUCGUAUUGCAUCACCAAUUUUACAUUGUAUUGUUAUUGCUGCACACGCACCUCAUUCUGGCUACUCUGACGCUGAGAUCCAGACUUGGUGGGAAGAGCUUGGAACUCGUAUCCCGACCAAAUACAAUGAAUGGUCCCGAGUUCUUCUUUGUGACGCCAAUGCACGACUCGGUAGUGUUUCAACUACCCAUGUUGGAGAUUUCCAAGCCGAAGUUGAACAUCGCCACUCGGAAUAUUUUCGAUUAUUUCUGCAGCAGCAAGGUAUUUGGCUACCCUCAACAUUUAGCCAAUGCCAAGUUGGCCCGGGAGGAACCUGGCAACACUCUAACGGGGAUUGGAAACGCGGCGAUUAUGUCGGCCUUCCUGUCCAAUGGUGUUAUGCUUCAAGCACCGCCUGAGCAGCUAGAGGCACUUGAGGAGCAAUGGCUAUUCUUUGAUCUCUUCUUGAAGAUCUAUACGUGGCAGGCUGAACCAUUGGCCUAUAAAGGGGGUAUCAUGGCCGUUAUUCCUAAGAGGCUUUGUGCCACUACUGCCAAGCACUUCCGUGGGAUUAUGCUCCUACCAUCAGUAGCCAAACGACUCCAUGCGCUGCUGAGAACCUCCACUGUCAGCCUUAUUGAGCGUGUUACACCGGCUGGACAAAUUGGUGGUUUCCAACACCAGCAAGUUGGCUUUGCUUCACAAGCACUGCGCACCUUCUGCCGUAUUAUGCAGAUUAAUGGAUGCAGCACAGGGGUCCUCUUUAUUGACCUCUCCAAUGCCUUCCACCGUCUGGUGCGUGAGCUUGUUUGUGGCGUUAGCGCACACUCUGAUAUUCAAGCUGUAUUAGAAGUGAUUGAAAAUGGCAAUGGAACCACCGAGGGCCUUAGAGCGUGGCUGAAAUUGCCUGGACUCCUCGAACGGAUUGGGGCUUCGCCACUUCUGGUGCAGCUUCUACGGGAUGUGCAUACCAAUACAUGGCAUACUAUUGCUGCGCUACCUGGUAUUACACGCACUCGUCGUGGCACACGACCUGGGAGCCCCCUUGCUGAUAUUGUUUUCCAUGUUUUGAUGAUGGACAUUGUCAUUGAGAUCAACACAUGGAUUGAGCGCCAAACUAGCUAUCAAGCACUUCUUAAGAGAUUUGAUGUUCAGUUUGACACUAUAGUGUGGAGUGACGAUCUUGCGAUUCCCUGGUGCACAAAUAUGGCCGAUGAGCUAGUCCCAGCUAUUUGUGAACUUCUCCGCACUGUUGAUCGGAUUUUCACCCGACGGGGAUUUGACCUCAAUAUGGAUAAGGGCAAGACGGGUGUGGUGCUCACCUUCCAUGGUGCAGGUUCACCUGACCUACGCAGGAAAUUUUUGCUUACAGAACCGAGUGGCUUUCAUUGCUUGCUGGACCAUGAUAGGCAGACCUGGGUGCAUGCAUCUGCCUCCUACCGCCAUCUUGGUACCCAAUUUGCUAGUAAGCUUGAUUUUGCUGAAGAACUUCGCUUUCGCUGUGGACAGGCUGCAACUGCUUUUGGCGCUAUGCGUAAGCAAGUGUUCUGUAACAGACAUAUUCCUGUGGCUACACGUUUGAAGCUCUUCCAUGCCUUGGAUCAUUGGUUUGACUACCUGGCAACCUGGCCACAUGAAUUGGAUGAUUGGUUUGCAGAUGGAUUCCUACAAUGGGGCCAAACACAUUUGCAGGACUUGAUUGCUGAAUUUGUUGAUGGAGAAGCUGAGAGAAUUGCGGAUGAGGCCUUUUAUGAGAUCACCAAAGACAUGCCGAGAUGUCAGAUGCGUGACCGUGUCACAUUCCUUAACCAUGGCAUUGCCCGAGCAGAAUCUGAGCUUGCCGCUGAUGUUCAACAUCGGCCGCCAUAUAAUGCAGCUGCGGUAGCUCGAGCAAAAGCACGUAAGGAUGACCCAGACACUAUUUUUACGACCUAUCGACAACAAACAGAUUGGCAUAAUGAGGUGCGCAAGAUUAAGUGGGAUACGCUCCCAAAAGAUGCUGCAACACCCAUGACUGACGGGAUCCUUGCCAAACCGAUUUUCUUGAUCGUUCACCUCUUCAGUGGAAGGAGGCGUCCCCAAGAUGUUCACUGGCACAUUGCCAAAUUGGCAGCGGAACGAGGUAUUGAGGUUGCUGUCCUCUCCAUGGACACUGCGGUGUCUCCUUAUUAUGGGGACUUAACGGCCUCUUCAGUUUCAUGGCAGCAGCUUGCGCACCUAUACGAACAAGGUUUUAUUGCUGCAACAGUGUGUGGUGCCCCAUGUGAGACCUUUUCGGCCGCCAGACAUGUUCCACCCCCAGAUGAUUUACCGGACAAAGAGAAGCUAAGAUGGCCAAGGCCUUUGCGAACAUUUGCCCGGCUGUUUGGCCUUGAUGGCCUUCGACCCAAGGAACUACGUCAAUGCCGCCAAGGUAGUGCAUUUAUGUUUCAAGCCUUUAUGGCUUGUACAUGGCACCUUGUACUGGGAGGACUUUUCCUCAGCGAGCACCCGGCCCCUCCGGAUGAUACCGAUAAAGCCUCUGUUUGGACCAGUGCCUACAUUCAACUCCUUAAGAACCAUCCUGAUAUUGCCCUGAGAAUCUUUGACCAAUGGAGAUGGGGAGCGUCUGUGCGGAAGCCUACCGGGCUCCUCAGUCUGCGCUUACCACACCUAGCGCGUGCAAUGUUUGCAUGUGCCGAUAAGGGAGCCAAAUAUCCCCAUGAAGUAGCCAUUGGAAAGGACAAGCAUGACAAAACCGCGGUUUGUAAAGAAUAUCCGCCGCUUUUUGCUGCUGGAAUGGCCAAGGCUAUUGUCGAUCAGCUCUGUACAGAUAAACGACAAUUUGCUGGCCACCGCUUUGUUUCUUUGGACCUUGCUGCCUUGAGAACUUGGGUCUGUGAAGCACUUGAGGCUAGCUCACAGAUGUUUGAGCAUAGCACCCAUUUGCCAGACUAUCAAGGAGUCUAA